AUGGCCUAUCGGCUUUUAAGUACUUGCAGGCGCCUAGAAAAUUUAGUUUGGAAAACAUUUAAACAAAGCAAUGUUAACGUAACACAGAGUAAAUUCUCCCUCAAAGAAGCAGUAUUAAGCGAAUGGCGCCUGUUCUGCGAGAAGCCCCCGAAAGGAUUCGAAAAAUACUUCAAACCAGGCGGUUCGAAGGAGGUUAAGGAGCCCGUUAAAGAAGGUAAACCGACCAAAGAAGCCAAGGAAAAGGAACCCAAACAGCCCGAACCGAAACCCGAAUCCAGCAAAGAUGCCCCCAAACGAGCCCCUUUCCCACCGUCCAGCACGGGCCCCGGCGGUUCGAAACCUUACGAGCAAUGGUCCUUUGGAUUAUUCGGUGGAACGGGUAGAGGCGGAAGCGGUGGUAAACCUUUCGGUGAUAACGAAAGAGACAAGUGGUAUGUGCUCGGAGCAGCUGCAGCUGUAGCAUUCAUAGCAACAGUUACGAUGUGGGAAAUGGGCUACAAGGAAAUCAGCUGGAAAGAAUUCGUACAAAAUUACUUACAAAGAGGCGUAGUGGACAGAUUAGAAGUAGUGAACAAGAAAUGGGUGCGAGUGAAGCUUCUACCCGGCAACACCGUAGACGGAGCGAACAUCAUCUGGUUCAACAUAGGCAGCGUGGAUUCGUUCGAGAGGAAUUUGGAGAACGCGCAAGUCGACAUGAACUCGGAGCCCGCGAACUUCAUACCUGUGAUCUACAAGACUGAAAUAGAAGCGGCCAGUUUAUCGGGCAUGCUGCCUACCAUUCUUGUGAUCGCCUUUCUCAUCUACAUGAUGCGCCGAUCGGCCGAGAUGAUGGGCGGCAAACGGGGCAAAAGGGGCGGCGGUCUGUUCGGCGGCGUCAUGGAGAGCACCGCCAAAUUGAUCAAUUCCAACGAAAUCGGCGUGAAAUUCAGAGACGUGGCCGGUUGCGAGGAGGCCAAAAUCGAAAUCAUGGAGUUUGUGAACUUUUUGAAAAACCCCCAGCAAUACAUCGAUCUGGGUGCUAAGAUUCCCAAAGGGGCUAUGUUGACAGGUCCUCCCGGUACCGGUAAAACAUUGCUGGCGAAAGCAACAGCCGGUGAAGCUAAUGUACCGUUUAUAACGGUAUCCGGAUCCGAGUUUUUGGAAAUGUUCGUAGGCGUAGGUCCUUCGAGAGUACGAGAUCUGUUUUCCAUGGCGAGGAAGCACGCUCCUUGCAUCCUGUUCAUCGACGAAAUCGACGCCGUGGGCAGGAAGAGAGGCGGGCGAAGCUUCGGGGGCCAUUCCGAGCAGGAGAACACCCUCAAUCAAUUGCUGGUAGAAAUGGACGGUUUCAAUACGACCACCAACGUGGUAGUUUUGGCCGCUACCAACAGGAUCGAUAUCUUGGAUAAGGCUCUAUUGAGACCGGGUAGAUUCGACAGGCAGAUAUUCGUGCCCGCACCCGAUAUUAAAGGUCGAGCGAACAUAUUCAAAGUACAUUUGACGCCGCUGAAAACAAAUUUGGAGAAGAACGAUUUGGCGAGGAAGAUGGCCGCUUUAACGCCCGGUUUCACUGGCGCGGAUAUAGCGAACGUGUGCAACGAAGCCGCUCUAAUAGCGGCCCGCGACUUGAACGACUCCAUAAAUCUAAAGCACUUUGAGCAGGCCAUCGAGCGCGUGGUGGCCGGCAUGGAGAAGAAAACGAACGUCCUGUCGCCCGAGGAGAAGAAAACGGUGGCGUACCACGAGGCCGGUCACGCCGUGGCCGGUUGGUUCCUGCAGCACGCCGAUCCCCUGCUCAAGGUCUCGAUCAUACCGAGAGGCAAGGGCUUGGGGUACGCGCAAUACCUGCCGAAGGAUCAGUAUUUGUACAGCAAGGAGCAGCUGUUCGAUAGGAUGUGCAUGACGCUGGGCGGUCGCGUGUCCGAGGAGAUAUUCUUUAAAAGGAUAACGACGGGUGCGCAGGACGAUCUGAAGAAGGUGACUCAGAGCGCCUACGCGCAAGUGGUGCAUUACGGUAUGAACGAUAAGGUUGGGAACGUUAGUUUCGAUAUGCCGCGUGAGGGCGAGAUGAUGAUGGAGAAACCUUAUUCGGAAAGUACGGCGCAAAUGAUAGACGUGGAAGUUAGGAAAUUGAUCGAUAGCGCUCACAAAAGAACCACGGAUUUAUUACUAGAAAGAAAGGAGCAAGUCUCCAAAGUAGCCGAGAGGUUACUGAAAAAAGAGAUAAUUAGUAGAGACGAUAUGAUCGAAUUGUUGGGUAAGAGACCUUUCCCUGAAAAGUCCACCUACGAAGAGUUUGUGGAGGGUACGGGUUCGUUCGAAGAAGACACUUCUUUGCCCGAGGGUUUGAAAGAUUGGAACAAAGAGAAAUUGAACGAGCCGAAUUGCGCGCCUGGUCAGCAAUCCCAAUUGUAG